AUGUGGCGCACAAGCUUGGUCGCAUCAAAUGCUCCUGUGGGCAAGAGUUUGUCUGGUCGACAAACUCUGACACGAUUGAUGCCACGAGAUGGCAGAUACCUGUCGUCCUUUGGUUUUGCGCCACCACUUUCCUCGUCGUUGACGAUCUCAACAUGGCUGCUCGUUCGACUGUCGCGAGGUCGUUGGGCGACCACAACUUUGGACGGACUCGAGGUGGAUGUACCAUUAAGCGAGCCAUUUCCGGGGUUCUCCCGUGGCGGUGACGUUGCGUUAUUGGGAGGUAGAAUUUUAUUCUGGUUGCUUUGGUUGGACAUUGGCAGUGCCGUCGGCAGUUGUGUGGCCUUGGUCGAAUUGUUCCGAUCGGUGGGUGCAGAGCUUGUCAAACCAGCCAUGGUCCUUCCCAUGAUGAUGACAACUGCAAUCCCGACACCAGUGAGGGCCAUGGCAGAGCACGUUAUCCAGAUCGUCCCCCGCUUCUUGCGCCGCCGGUCGACCUGUUGCCGAUGUGAGUGA